UUUAAGGCUGGCUUCGUCCAGGUGCGGCUAAAAACGGCACACACGCGGUUCUGCGCACACACGCGUGCCGUAUCGUUGCUCCCGACGCUGGCCCUGCGCCGAAAACGAUCUAUUUCGCACGGCUGCGGACGCUGACCAAGCUUGAUGACCAUGCAGUGCCAGAUACUGCUCGCCCUCGCGGCCGCUGCGGCGCCAACAGCAUCAGCGUUCGACCUCAUGAGCGCCGUGCUCAAGUCGCCCAUCUACAAAAACUUGCUCGUGCCCGCCUCGCGGAACAUGAUGAUCAAUACGGCGAAGGAGAACGGCGUGCCGUGGGCCGACGCCGUGGCCUGGAUCCGCGGCGCGACGACGUGGGAGCUGGACGAUGACGCCGACGUGGCCGUGCCCGCGUACUACCGCCAGCCGUUCCACGCGUACGAGCCGGGCAACCUCUGCUGGGAGGCGGCUUGGGAGGCGGAGGUCGCGGGACGGGCUGUAGGUGCUCGAAAUUACCCGGCAUUUGGCGCCGACGGCGAGGAGGCGUUCCGCGGCGCCUUCGACGACGCGCUCGUCGCGGCCGGCGCGCGAACGCCGGCCGUGGGCGAGACCAUUUUGGACCUCGGCUGCGCGACGGGGCACGGCACGCGGCGUUUAGCUGCAAAAUUUCCCGACGCUGCAUCGCUGGUCGGCGUCGACCUGAGUCCUUAUAUGAUCUCAGUCGCGAGGCGGCUGCCAGAACUCUGCAAGGGCGACAAUGCUUGGAUAAACGUCGUCUCGGACGAUAAACGCGUCUCGUACGCGCGCGCCGACGCCGCGGCGCUGCCUUUUGGUGAUUCUUCCCAAGACUUUGUGGUGCUCUCCUUCGUCGCGCACGAGCUGCCGCCCGCGGCGACGCGCGACGUCGUGCACGAAGCUUAUAGAGUCCUCAGGCCGGGCGGCCAGUUGUGGGUCACCGAGAUGGCGCGUUUUGCUGAGUCUGAAUUCAUCCACUUGUACGCCAUCGCCGCGACACCUCCCCACGCCGCAGGACUUCGAGACGGAGGGCUUCCGCAAGCUGCGCGCGUCGCCGGCGUUCGUGUUCAUCCGUAGCACGGAGCCGUACCUGGACGUUUACGCGGACUUUGGCGCGGCGGGCGUGGCGGAGGCGUGCGCCGACGCGGGCUUCGGGCGGGUGGAGGCCGUGGCGGCGACGGGACGCCACUACGCGCUGGUCGCGGCCAAGGACGGCGGGCCGGCGGCGUUCGUCGACCGGCGCGAGGCGACCAAGCUGCCGGACACGCACCUCAAGACGUGGGAGAGUAAGUCCACAAGCUAGCA